UAGAUCAUUAUUGGAAUUUAAUCUGCAAUACCUCUACAAUACCUCUGCAUAGUCCAUCCUAGAUCUAAGAAAAAGAUCUGCUGAUAAGAGAGCUUUUGAAUUUCAGUGUUGUCUUGGAAAUACCACUAUACCUUUGCUACAACAGAAGACAGUUGUGAUGGCUCAGUGAUAUGUCAAUAUGAAUAACAGAUGAAUCCAUAGAUGAAAUAUUUCUAACCUGUGGUAUCAAAAAAUUAGCUUAAAAAUGCAUCAGAAUAACAGCGUAACUGAGUUUGUGUUAUUUGGAUUGACACAGGAUCCUGUGAGGCAAAAAAUAGUAUUUUUAAUCUUCUUCAUUUUCUAUGCUGGAACUGUGGUGGGAAAUAUGCUCAUUAUUGUGACUAUCAAGUUCAGCCGAACACUUGGCAGCCCCAUGUAUUUCUUCCUAUUUUAUUUGUCCUUUGCUGAUUCCUGUUUUUCAACUUCGACGGCACCUAGAUUGAUAGCAGAUGCUCUCUCUAAAAAGAAAAUCAUAUCCUACAAUGAAUGCAUGACACAAGUCUUUGCACUGCAUUUAUUUGGCUGCAUGGAGAUCUUUGUCCUCAUUCUCAUGGCUGUUGAUCGCUAUGUGGCCAUCUGCAAGCCUUUACAUUAUCCAACCAUCAUGCGCAAGCAAGUCUGCAUCAUCUUAAUUGUUCUUGCUUGGAUAGGGUCUUUCAUACAUAGUAUAGCUCAGAUUAUUCUGGCCUUAAGGUUGCCCUUCUGUGGACCCAAUUUGAUUGAUCAUUAUUGCUGUGAUUUGCAGCCAUUGUUGAAACUUGCCUGCAUGGACACUUACAUGAUCAACCUGCUGCUGGUGACUAACAGUGGGGCAAUUUGUUCAAGUAGUUUUGUAAUUUUGAUGAUUUCCUACUUUGUCAUCUUGCACUCAUUGAGAAACCACAGUGCAGAAGGGAGGAAAAAAGCACUCUCCACUUGUACUUCUCACAUCAUAGUAGUGAUCUUGUUCUUUGGGCCAUGCAUAUUCAUAUAUACACGUCCCCCAACCACGUUCCCCAUGGACAAGAUGGUGACUGUAUUUUAUACCAUUGGAACUCCUUUUCUCAAUCCACUCAUUUAUACACUAAGAAAUGCCGAAGUAAAAAAUGCCUUGAGAAAGUUGUGGCAUAUCCAGAUUACUUAAAAAAGCAAUGGAUGAAUUGAGGACCUGGUCUGAUUAAUUUUGACUCUUGAUUUGUCUUGGGGAAUGCCAAUAUCAAAUAUAACAAUGU